GGGGCCUGGCGGGCCGGGACAGCCCCGGUUCCCCACGGGAAGAAACCCUACCCGGGGAGCGCAGCACGACGGGACGGGACCCCGCUGCCGAACGGGCGGGCACGUGGUGCUGCUGGCCAGGGACAAUUCGCGUCCCCCGCGCAGGGUGUUCUCCUAAACAAAGGAGUAUUUCUUCUAUUCCCCUGUUGAAGGUCAUGGCAGAAGAAGAGUUGCCAGGUGUUUUGAUUUUGGAUAUAGGAGGAACUCAUGGUGUGCUGGAAGACCUUGCAGCACUUUUGAAGAAACACUUUCACCUUAUCACCAUGACGGAAUUUCUUGGAAACAAAGAAGAAAUGAGCAAAAAAAUCCAGUCCAUUUUUGUGUUUGAGUGCAGGCCAUCUAUUGAUCGUGAGCUUCUAGAAAGCCUGCCUAAUUUAAAGGUAAUUGGAAACUCUGGGGUUGGAGUGGAUCACUUCGACUUGAAAAUGAUCUCAAGCUUUGGUGUAAAAGUGACCAAUACUCCGCACGCCGUGGCAGACCCAACAGCAGACAUAGGAAUGGCCUUGAUGCUGGCCUCAGCCAGAAGACUAGUGGAAGGCUGCCAUAUUGCUGUGUCUCCGGACACAAAGUAUUUUGCUGUUGACUGGCUGGGAGUAGAAGUAACCAGAGCAACACUUGGGAUCAUUGGGAUGGGCAGCAUUGGAUACAAAGUGGCUCAGAGAGCCAGAGCCUUCAACAUGAGGAUCCUGUACCAUAACAGAAACCGGAGAAGAAAGGAGGAGGAAGAGGCUGUUGGUGCCCACUACUGUGCAAAGAUGGAAGACUUGCUGCAGCAAUCUGACUUUGUUAUGUUGGUUGUAAAUCUGACUUCUGAGACUCACAAACUGGUUGGGAAAAAGGAGCUGGGGCUGAUGAAACCCACAGCCACUCUUAUAAACAUCAGCCGAGGUGCAGUUAUUGAUCAAGAUGCAUUGGUAGAAGCUCUCCAGAAUAAGGUUAUUAGGGCUGCAGCUCUGGAUGUGACAUACCCUGAGCCUCUGCCAAGAGAUCAUCCUUUAUUAAACUUGAAUAAUGUCAUCAUAACCCCGCACAUUGGAACCGCAACAGUCCAAGCCCUCCGUAUGAUGGCAGAAGAAGCAAUAGCAAACAUGCUGGCUGUUCUCAAUGACCAACCUAUUCCAAAUGAAGUGUUUCCCAAAUGAUGAGUGCCAGAUGAUGCCACUGAAUUUCCUGUGUACAGGAAGACACUCUUUCUUACCACUUUUGAGCUAAAAAAACCCAACCUGUUCCUGCACUGCUCAUCACGAUGCUGCAAAACUGUCAGACUUGAUCUGUUCUGUUACUUGCAAUUCCAAAAAAU